UAAGUUUCAGCAUGUUGUUUUGUUUGUCUUUGUCUUAGAUGGCGUUGUAUCUUCUACUGCUGAUGCUCACAGCCUGUGCUGCCACUCCUCAAGGUGAACAUUUCAUCUUCAUUUAAAAAAGAGAAAACCAAAGUAAAACAUCACAAGAAAGAUACAUGCGAGUGGAUCUUGAGUACAGGAGUUUGUUAUAUUUAGACUUUUUGUUACUUACUUUUUGGAUCUGUCAGGUCAAAUGUUUACCUUCCCGCAAGAAACUAACUCAGCUCAUGUGAGGCUGACAACAUCAAGAACGGUUCUGAGUGCUGUAACCGUCUGUUUCAGGUCCUUUUCAGAUCUCCGUAGAGACAUCACCCUUUUCUCUUUGUCCACACCUUCCGCUGACAAUGAUUUUGGGAUAUAUAAGCUAGCUGCAACUGAUGAGUUUGAAAUGUGGAUCAGGAAUACAAAAAUGGACUUCAUAGGGCAGGACUACAAACUGAAUACUUGGCACUCACUUUGUUCCACCUGGGACUCUGGAUCUGGACUGUUUCAGAUGUGGUUAGACGGACAGCCCUCAUCUAGGAGAUUCAUGAGCGCUGGAUCCAGCAUCAGUGGGCCCAUUAUAAUUGUUUUAGGCCAGGACCAGGAUUCCCAUGGUGGAGGGUUUGACAUUGCUCAGUCUUUUGUUGGCAUGAUGUCUGAUGUCCACAUGUGGGACCACGUCCUCUCCCCCUGCGAGAUCCAGAACUACGUGCAUCAUCUACACUUCCCCCCAGGGAACGUGCUCAACUGGAACGAGCUGGAGUUCCAGAUCAUCGGAAGAGUGCUGAUAGAAGACAAACAAAAGGUCGAGACCUGCUAUUAAACCUUAUGCAUAGAAAGUCAAUAAACAAUAUGAAA